AUGAACUCUUUUUUCGACAAUACGAAGAAGUCACGGGAAGAGGCUGACGAUCUUGCCGACGCUGACUUGCUGGACAUGAAAAACAGACUUGAUCAUGAGUUACAAACUUUACAGAUCGCCCACUCAACAGCCAGACAAGACAGCAGUUCUGGUGACCUUGAAGAGUUACAGCAGAGAGUCCAAGAUCUACAAGACCAGUUAUUAGAAGAGUCCAAUGCCCGCUCCAUUAAAGAGCUCUUGGUGAAGAGGAUUCAGAUGGGAAAUAUACUCACUUCAGGUAUGUUUGACAGGCUCGGAAAUGAUUUGGAGGAACUAAGUCUUGUGUCCCAGAUCAACAAAGUACACAAA